AAUAUAUCUCCAACACCAUGGACAUCGACGUUGUAACGCGGAAGAUGGUGGGCACAUGACUCUCCUGCGUGAUUACUGCAGGAAACGGGAACUGUCGGCUUAUGGUGAUGAUUGAAGUACAUUGGCGACGUAUCGGAAACGGGAUAUGACGCUCUGCGGCACUUCGUUGUGAAAUUUGGGAGAUGUGUUCUUCAAUGAUUUAAUGACUGUUUGUGUGCGAGGAUUUCUUCUGCAACAGUUGUGGACGUUCUUCUAAUCAGAUUCGGAUUUUCUCUUGAAUUGAAAAGAAGCGCUGGUGGUGUACUGACGGAUUCAGCAGACCUGAUUGUCUUUACAGCCCGAGUGACUAAAGCCGAGUGAUAUUUCAAGAUGGCGGAGGGAGGCUGUGCAACAUGCUCCAGAUACAUGCUCAUCAUCUUCAACUUCAUCUUCUGGGUCUCAGGAGGCGCUAUUCUUGGGACAGGAAUAUUUGUCUUGGUGUCAGAUGAAGUGGAUAAGUUCCUCAAGUCCAUUGAUGUCGGGCUGCCCGUAGGAUUCUUGUACACGGCAGCGUAUAUUAUGAUAGCCGUGGGAUCGUUUGUGUUCUUUGUGGGAUUCUGUGGCUGUUGUGGUGCUGUGCGGGAAAGUGCCUUCAUGCUGGGAAUUUACAUCGGCUGUAUGGCGGUAGUGAUGUGUGGUGAGCUCGGAGCCGGCAUCUACGUCGCGGUGGAGAAGGGAUAUGUGAGUAUAGACUCUGUCGUCAGGGGGGUGCUGAUAGACACGGUUAAGAACUACACAGGGGCAGGCAACUCUACCAUUGACUUCCUACAGAUUGAGUUCAACUGCUGCGGGGCUGACAACUACACAGACUACAGGAACAGCGAAUGGGUGUUGAAUCAGAUGCCACCAAAGCGGUAUGUGCCCGACACAUGCUGUCGUGGAAAGGGUCAAGAUGUCAAGUCUCACAAGCCAGCUAACGUGACUAUUUGUCGGGAGGAGGCGGAGCCUGGCAGCCCCAUCCAACCAGAGGACAGGACUCAGCUGCAGCAACGGGGCUGUUUUCCAGCUAUCAGAGAUUGGAUUGGCAGUCAAAGCAUCAUUUUGAUAUGUGUUGGCGUUGGAAUUGCAUUGAUACAGAUACUGGGCAUAAUAUUUGCAGUAUGUUUGUGUCGGAACCGAUCGGAGUACUAUGAUUAGAAAGACAGACCGAAAGAAGAUAACAAGUCGAAAACCACAUGAAAUUCCAGGAUAAUAUAUAGAAUUACACUGUUCCAAGCUUUAGAGGAGGCUAGACAACAUAACCAGGCUUCCAGAAGAACCUAUGUGGGAUGUGUUACCUGUUCAUUGAGGGAGUCAGUAGGAUGUGGCUCCCUCUCAUACACCCCGCCCAUAGAGCACUGUCGCCCCAGCCCCAGGACACUGUCACCCAACACCCCUGUCGCCCCACCCCCAGAACACUGUCGCCCCACCCCCAAAACCCUGUCACUCCAGGGAUGUGGCUUCCAGUCAAACGCCCUACCCCCAGAACACUGUUGCCGUAGCUCCCAGUCACCCGCAAUACCCGCCAAACACUGUAUUGUCCUCCUGGUUUCCUGAAUUAUUAUAACCAGGAUAUAUUAACAUGGAGUAGGAAAGUAUUUAACAAUGGUAAACAUACACUUUGAGGUAAUUUCCUUGGCGUGGAUAGCAUGUUUGUUUUCCAAGUAAACUAGAGUUACAUGCCCUUGAAAAUAGUUCGGCAACUAGACUAUUUCUUUCUCUAUGCGCUUUUGCGCUCUUCUUUCAGGUUACGGAAAGGGACAAGUCAGCCAUUUUAUACAGCCCUACUAGUCAUCCUUACUAGUCAGCCGUUCUAGUCUGCCCUACUAGUCAUCCUCACUAGUCAGCCGUUCUAGUCUGCCCUACUAGUCAUCCUUACUAGUCAGCCGUUCUAGUCUGCCCUACUAGUCAUCCUCACUAGUCAGCCGUUCUAGUCUGCCCUACUAGUCAUCCUCACUAGUCAGCCGUUCUAGUCUGCCCUACUAGUCAUCCUCAAUAGUCAGUCGUUCUAGUCUGCCCUACUAGUCAUCCUCACUAGUCAGCCGUUCUAGUCUUCUGUAAAUAUUGAUGGUGUUAAGUUUGGGUUUUAUGAUAUUUCUUUCCAUGUUAACUAUUCAUCCCAACAUAAAAUCUAACAGAAUGCUAGUUACACAUUUGUGUCAGUAUUUUGAAUUAUUUUGUUAUAUUGUGGUUGUAAAUCCUUUGUACGAAGUUCAAUUCUAUCCUUUAUACAUAUCGACUAUGAAAGAAUAAAUGCAAAUGGUAUUCUAUAUUUGGAAUUUAGAUUGUUUAUAGUUUUAUUAUAGUUAAAGAUUAGUUUAUUUGUGUGUUAUUGUUUUGUGAAUGUGGAAUGGGUGAUGUCCACUAAAAAUGACAAUACUGAAAAAUGUUACGUUAUUUUCAUGCAGAGAAGCAUAUUUUCAUGAAAUGAAAAAAGUGUUUAAGCUAAAACUUGUAUUGACAAGUUAAUAAACUAACAUGCAACUACAUGAAAGUUUGACACUUGGCCAGAAUAGAUAUCAGGGG